CGGCCUCCCAAAGUACCGGAUUACAGGUGUGAGCCACUGCACCCAACCUACUGUGUGCUUCUUAUUACAGUCCUCAUUCCACACUCCUACAGCUAUGUAUUUAGUUGCCCAUCUCUCCUAGAAUGUGAGUUUCUUUAGGGCAGGGCACUGUGUGUGUGUGAGACUCAUCUCUGUCUCCUCAGUGCCUAGUGACUGGUAGGAGCUGCAGUAAAAGAUUUAGGAAGAAAGUGAUCAUGAUCUUGGGGGUGGCUUUUCAAUAUUCAGACAUUGGAGCCUGGGAAUGGCAUAUGCCUCCCAAGAUAUAGAGUAAGGAACUACAUAAAGUCCAGAGAAAGGCAACUUAAAUUAACAACAGACUAAACAGACCAAGGAUUAAGACUUUUUCAUCCAGCUCAAGGGCCACAAGGUGGGCAUGAACUUGAGACUACAGGAGGUGUAAAAAUUAUACUUUAGCAUUUAUCAGUUUAAAAUGUAGUGUUCCGUUCAUUAUUCAUUCAACAAAAGCUGAGCACCCUGUGCUCUGUACUGUGCAAGAAGAGCACAAAGAUGAAGGAGGCCCAGCUCCUCUCUCAAGGAGCUGUCUAGUUUAUCUUUACAACCUUGUACAUCCUUAUUCCUUGUUGACAAUUAGGGACACUAUAGUUGAACUGUCGUUAAGAGCACAAGUGCGCCAGCUGUAGUAGUUUAAGCAAGUUAUUUAAUCUGUAAGGCUCAGCUUCCUCAAAGUAAAAUGGGAAUAGUAAUAUCUACCUUGUGGAGUUUUGAAGAUUAAGCGUGAAAAUACGCAAUAAAAUGCUUAGCUUGAUGCCUGGCACAUGGUAAACAUUCAACCAUCAUUAUUAAAUGGUGUGCAAAGCAUUUACAGCAUAACUUUAGUUAUUCUAUUUCAUUUUUGUUCUCUCUCCAAACAUUAUAGCUCCUCUAAUUUGCUUCUCUUCCCCGGGCCCUGUGCAAAUCCUCCUAACAACUUUCAGGUACCAUCUAUCCCAUCCAAUGUUAAGCCUUGUUCUUGCUCUGAUCCCUUUGUCCUGCUUUCUCCUGUCUCUUCCUUUCUUUAGCUCCCAUUUUCUUCCUGCCCCUUCCCUCUCUUUUCUCCUCAGACUCCUUGUCUUUGGAUUCUGCAGGCUCAGAUUUGCUUUAUGACUAUGGAAAAACAAGUAUUUAACUGCCGAGUCUGUUUUCAGAUCUGAAAAAUGGUAAUAAUACUGUCUACUUAUAGAAUUGUUUUGUGGAGUAGAUAAGAAAGUGCAAGCACUGUGUACAUCGUACAGCGCCUUACAAAAAUUCUUUACUGGCAUCUCUAAACUAUUCCCUUUCAUCCUCUGCCUCUCCUUUCCGUCCCUGCCCAAUUGUGAGACUAAGAAAUUCUUCGAAUUUAAUGUUAGGACAUAACUCCAACCAGAGCGCAGCUUUUCUGGUUGUUCCCGCCUUCCAUGCCUAAACGAACCAAUCAGAUCACCCAGAGUGGCGCGGUAUCGCUGCUUGGAGACCACCGCGAAUGAAGUUUGCAUUUUUCUCUGUUCUUGCGUCCAGCUUCUUCUCGUCUCCCACCCCAGCUUCCCGGCAUUGGAAGAAGGGACCGUCCUCUUCCUUGUCCUGGCCACCCAAAUCCUGGUAUCGAACGGCGGGGACCGGAAGUGUGCAGCAGCGGCGGGUCCCCAGCUAAUCGACGCCGGAAGUAGCAACUGCUAGAGCAGCAUUCCGCCGCCGGCUUCGCUAUGGCGGCAAUUCCCCCAGAUUCCUGGCAGCCACCCAACGUUUACUUGGAGACCAGCAUGGGAAUCAUUGUGCUGGAGCUGUACUGGAAGCAUGCUCCAAAGACCUGUAAGAACUUUGCUGAGUUGGCUCGUCGAGGUUACUACAAUGGCACAAAAUUCCACAGAAUUAUCAAAGACUUCAUGAUCCAAGGAGGUGACCCAACAGGGACAGGUCGAGGUGGUGUGUCUAUCUAUGGCAAACAGUUUGAAGAUGAACUUCAUCCAGACUUGAAAUUCACGGGGGCUGGAAUUCUCGCAAUGGCCAAUGCGGGGCCAGACACCAAUGGCAGCCAGUUCUUUGUGACCCUCGCCCCCACCCAGUGGCUCGACGGCAAACACACCAUUUUUGGCCGAGUGUGCCAGGGCAUAGGAAUGGUGAAUCGUGUGGGAAUGGUAGAAACAAACUCCCAGGACCGCCCUGUGGACGAUGUGAAGAUCAUUAAGGCAUACCCUUCUGGGUAGACUUGCUACACUCUUGAGCAGCUCUUCUGAGAUGGCCCCAGUGAACCAGCUUCUAGAUGACAUAGAAUGACAUGUAAUGCUAAAUUUCAUUUUGGCUUUGCAAAUCAUGAAGCUUAGGCCUGGCGUCUUGGGUGAGUUAGAGAUGGAAGUACAUUUUAAUAGGAUGCUUCUUUUCUCUUCCUCCAGUGCCUAGGUUGCCAGAGCAUUUGCACAAAUGCCCUUUUUAUCGAUAGGUGACUACUUACUACACAUGAACCAUAAUGCUGCCUGUUGUGCGUGUCUGUUCUGAUAUACUUCGAACAAUGUAGCAGACACUGUCAUUUCUCAGUGGUUUUGCCUAACCAAACUUCUUCCUAAGGAGAUUUAUAUUCUGGCCUACACUGCAGUCCUCGAUGGCUGACAGCCACAGAAUUCCAAACCAAGUAGUGUCUAUCAGCCCUCUUAACUCUGUGCACACCCUAUUUCAGUCUUUUACAUUUGUUCUUCUAAGGAAUGUAUGCAUCUCUAUAUAUAUUUUCCCUCUCAAAACGAGAACAUCAACAGUGCUGUUUCUGACACUUCAGACAUCCCACGCAAAGCCACAUUGAAUUUUUGCCAAAUGAAAAACGCAUCCAACAAUCAAAUUUCUAAGAAGGUGUCAAGUGGGGAAUAAUAAUAAUGUAUAAUAAUCAAGAAAUUAAUUUAUUAAAAGGAAGCAGAAGCAUUGACCAUUUUUUCCCAGAGAAGAGGAGAAAUCUGUAGUGAGCAGAGGACAGACCAUGAAUUCUCCUUAAGAAGUAGUCCUCUCAGAAAGGAGAAGCUGCCACUCAAGUUCUUUUAACCCAAGACUUUAGAGAAAUUAGGUCCAAGAUUUUUAUAUGUUCAGUUGUUUAUGUAUAAAAAUAACUUUCUGGAUUUUGGGGAGAGGAGUAGGAGAGGAAGGAAGUUAAUACCUAUGUAAUGCGUAGAAACUUCCAAAAUAAAAUGCCAUUGAUGGUUGAAAU